GAUAUUAUUGGCCUAGCAGAAACAAGAAGCGGCAAGACACCAGCCUUCGCGCCACAGAUUUUACAAGGCCUGAUGAGCAAGCAGGGCCGUUUACACUCGAUUAUCCUUACGCCUACUAGAAAGCUUGCGCGGCAAGUUGUUAAUGUUCUGGAAGAUCUGGGAGGUUUGAUGUCUGUUUCGUGUACGCUGUUCAUUGGAAGGAGGGAUAUGCUU